AUGAUGAAUGUAAUAAAUAAUUUUCCCGCGGGAACUGCUUCCCUUGUCGAAGAAUUAGAUAAAAAACUUAUGGUAUUACUUAGAGAUGGAAGAACAUUAAUAGGUUAUUUAAGGAGUGUUGAUCAAUUUGCUAAUUUAGUUUUACAUAAGACCAUUGAAAGAAUACAUGUAGGAAAAGAAUAUGGAGAUAUAUACAGAGGGGUUUUUAUCGUUAGAGGAGAAAAUAUGGUAUUAUUAGGUGAAAUUGAUGUAGAUAAAGAGAAAGACUUACCACUCGAUGAAGUUUCUGUCGAUGAUAUAUUAGAUGCUCAAAGGAGGGAACAAGAAGCUAAACAGGAACAUUAUAAAUUAUUGACAAAGGCGUUAAAAGACAGAGGUGUACAAUUUGCAUCCGAUUUAACACAAGAUGAUAUAUUUUAA